ACGUGGAUGGUCAUGUGCGUUGAACACAACAACAACAAAGCCGUUCCGCCAGUCAGAUUUGUCCACUAGCUCAGAGCCCUGCCUCACCCAGCUCGUCUGUUUUCAGCCUAGCUCGCGCUCAGCUGCUGCAGUCAUUUUAUUUAAGCAGUAAGCGCGUGAGGUCCAGCCUCGGAAAGAUGCCAGAAGUUCCGACCGGAGCUCCGGAGAUGUCCAGGAAAAGAAUCGCUGAGCCCGGUCCGCUACCAGAGCAGGUCCAGGAGAGGAAAAAGGCCUGCUGGGGCAUUCUGACUAGCCAAGGGUCCUGGGCAGAUUGCUCCCCUCUCCAUGAAGCAGCUUCUCAGGGUCGACUGCUUGGCCUGCGCACUCUGCUGGCACAGGGAUAUCACACCAACAUUGUCACCAUCGAUCAUGUGACCCCUCUCCAUGAAGCCUGCCUGUCAGGACAUGUGGCCUGUGUCAGAGCAUUAAUAAAUGCUGGAGCAAAUGUGAAUGCUACCACCAUCGAUGGUGUCACUCCUCUGUACAACUGUUGUGCCUCUGGGAGUGUCGGGUGUGUGGAACUGCUGCUGCAGAAUGGAGCACACACACACACACCCUACACACACUUCCCCUCGGCUCUGCACGAAGCCUGCAAGAGAGGUAAUAGCCAGUGUGUGGAGUCCCUGCUGUCUCAUGGAGUAGAUCCAGACUAUGAAGUGUCCCACUUGGGCAAUCCUCUUUAUAUGAGCUGUCUACACCGGCACACGGCCUGCUCAAAGAUCCUGCUGCACAGUGGAGCCAAUGUUAAUGUAGGCAGAGGAGGUGACAGCCCUCUGCAUGCCACUGUCAGACAGGACAGUGCAGAUCAGGUGUCAGUGUUACUGGACUAUGGAGCUAAUGUCAACAUCAGAGACGGUAACGAUCAGCGGCCUGUGGAGCUAGCGCUUGCUGGUGGAAAAACACAACAGCUGCUACUGACAUUUGAAGGUACUGCAAUAUCUUCUCCUGCAGUGAUUCUCAACAUUGAUGCAUGGAACCACUCGAAAUUCAGGUUGUAUCACAACAGUAAGAGGAAAUCCCUCUGUCUCUUUCUAGGUUGUCCGAGGAGUCUCUACCAGUUGUGUCGACUCCAGAUCAGGAACCUGAUUGGUCGAUCCAGACUGAAACUGCUCCCCCUCCUUCCUCUCCCUACCCUCCUCACUGACUACCUGGAGCACAUAUAGGAUGAUGGGCACACAUGCAGUAGGACAGGGAAAAGCAACUACAAUUAGAUGACAUUUCUUUAACAUUUUAAAUUUCGAUGUGCCAAGCCCCCUAUUAACCAUUUUAUGUCAACACACAUCACAAUGUUUUUAACUGUACGGUUGAGUUUGCCUACUACAACGUCAUUACACCACAAUACACUGAAGAUUUACUCUGCUGCAAGCUGUACUCUGGGAACAUAGUGCAUUGCCUUUGUGUUGCCAUAAUUGGUUUAUUUUAAAUGUUUAUUCAUUAGGACUUGUUUUUCCCCUGACAGAUGAUUGUGACUUUUGGUGAUCUACACUUUGAAAUUAUUUUGUUACCAUUUGUUCAUCCAGCACAAUAUGUCAUUUUGUAAAUAUUGGAAUUUAUUUCCCAUUGACAAGUACCGAACUCCAGGUGUUUUCAUGAAUAUGUAAAUAAAUAUGAAUAAAUUAUCCAUGACAUGUCGACCCCACUGACCUUUUCCAGCAGUCUCACAGCAGUGAACAUGGACAAAUGGUACACUGUUGUUUGCAAAAGCAAUGUAUGAGGCCAGUAGACUUUUUUAAAUUGUCAUGAGGUCAUUUAUUAAGGCAUUAUGAAAAUAAUUAUUUUUGGUUGACUGCAGACUUAAACACACAUUUAGCAAGUAGUCUAGGAAGAUUCUCCAAGUCAUAUAAGCAGCCUACAGCUGAUUUGUUCUGCUGUGGUGUUUGGCAAUGAAACCCUUUGUCUAAGGAAUGGUGAUGUGUCAAAUGGCCUCUGAGAGGUGAUGCUGGAUAAUCUGAGGGUAUUCUGAAAUUAACACAACAGAUCAAAUUGAAAUUAACAACAUAAUUUACAAAGACAACACUCUACAAACAUGUAUUAUUAUUAUAAUGCUUUAUAAUAACCGCUUUAUAAUAAUUAUCUCUGCAUUAGUAGGCUAUUUGACGUGGGCGUUACAACAAUGAGCCACAGCCCAAGGUUUAUUAUUGAGCAGCACACCUAACGAAUGUUCGAAAAAGCAGACAGCUAGGCCUACUCUAGUUACUCUUCCCACACCCAGUGAACCUGCUUUAAUACCUGAGAAUCCACGAGAGAGUCUAACGUCAUGUACGCUAUGUAUAUUACAGAAUGACUAAUAUAUCAGGCAACAUUCUUGCUUAAGUGAGAACCAUUGAAUGCCGCUACAGGCGUGUACCUCUGGGCUGGGCAGAACAGUGGUAGCAAGUCAGAGAGACCAAUUAUCAAGAAGGACACCGCGUGAACCGGAAAGGAGACGUUUCCAUCAGCCUAACACAAUACAAAGUAUCAUUUUAGCAGAAAGCACCACCGCUUGUCGAGUUAAUGCCAGUGUCGUCUAGAACUAGCGUUAGUUGUUAGCUGGCUGCCUAUCCUGCCAGUUGGUUAGCCCUUGCUAGGGGCAAUAACGUUAGCAGCUAGCUAACGUUAACACAUCUAGCUUAUCUGUUUUCAGCCUGGCUACCCGGGAAGAGCUUCCAAGAUGAGGCUGAAAGUUGGAUUUAUUAUACGGAGUUUGCUUUUCAUUGGGACCUUUCUUGGAUUGUUGGUGCUCUGGUCUUCUCUGUCGCCGAAACCCAACGAUGACAACCCCUUUGAAAAACGGGAUGAUGGUGUGCUGCCCAAAGGAGACCUAGCUGAUCAGUUUAAGCCUGUGGUGCCCUGGCCUCAUGUGGAAGGGGUGGAGGUCGACCUCAACUCCAUCAGACUCAAACAUGGUGGUGCCAACCAUCCCCAUAAUCCCGACCAGCAGCCAAACCAAAAACAGGUGAUCCAGCAGCAGUAUGUGACAUUCAAGCCCCACACCCAAGCCUACACCAGCCCUGUCCUGAAGAAAGGUAUCCUGGGAAACUUUGAGCCCAAGGAACCUGAGCCUCUGGGGGUCCUCGGCGGUCCUGGAGAGGGAGCCAAGCCUUUUGUCCUGGGUCCAGAGUACAAAGACGCCGUCCAGACUUCCAUCAAAGAGUUUGGGUUCAACAUGGUAGCUAGUGACAUGAUCUCACUGGACAGAACCAUCAGUGAUAUACGCCAUGAAGAGUGAGUACUACCGUUCAUACUGACUACAAUUCUACCACCUACUUUACUCACUUUGUUGUUUGUUUUAACUGUGAUCAACCCUAGAUUACUAUUACAACACUUAAUCCUAAUAUGUCAUAAUAAUUUACCACCACAUUUGACAUUUACAUGCGUCUUCGGUAAUCCGAUCACAAAUGCACUCAGGAUGCAUUGAGGAAUCAUUGAGGUCCGAUCGUUUAGACCACAUUUGAAGGUGGUCUGAGCACAUUCUUUUAGCAGUGUGUAGGGGAAUGUGUCCUGAUCCAAAUUGAAGGACCGCCUACUCUACUGAUUUGUGUGAGUGUGUUUGUGUGUGUGUGUUGCCCACCGAGAGCAGUGAUCCACAACAGCUUGUGUAGCCGAGGGUUAUGUAACGCCUAUACUUUAUGAAGGUAAUAAAAUGAUAAUACAGAGGAACUGAACCAAGACAGAAAACACGUUAUAACUCCCACAUUGUCAACAGCAGUAUAUAACAGUUUCACUCCUUCCUUUCUGACCUUUCAAAAUAAAAUCCCUUAACAUAUACUCUGCAUCAAGAGGCAACUCAGUUGUUCCAGUGCUCUGCACAGAUCGGACACCUGCCUACCUCAACUCAUCCCCAGCUUUCUGAAUCUCUGUGGCAGUACGGAGGUCCCCGGGGACCCUUGUAUCUUUAUGUUCAUGAAAUCUACCCAAAUUCACAAAUAUACAGGAUAUCACUACUGCUGUCUCCCGCCGAAUUUUGUAGGUGUAAACGUAUGAGUGUUAAUGUAUGAGCAAGUGGUCGUUUGUGGUUCAUGUGGAGACGCAUUCUAGUGCCAGGUGAACUGAAGUAGAGCCAUCCACUUUUGAUCGGAUCACCCAAGACGCAUGUUAAUGCCAGGUCUGAACAGGGCCUAAUCUAUCUAGCACCAAACCAGCCCAAGCACCUGAUGAUUAACUAAGCAAAUAUGCAGACAGACAGACAGAGGUGUGAAUCGUACACACCCUACUAAACAAUCUGCCGGAUUGACGGAUGAACCAUGUUUGCCGUCUUUCUGAGUCCCACCCAGCCUUUUCAGAAACUCCAACAAAGGCUGACAAUGUAUUUCAGCAAUAUUUUUUACUGUUACAUUUAAGGUAACAUCCAGCACCAAACUGAAAAAAAAUAAGCACAAGAAAACAUCAAAACAUCAUUGAUGUUACCUUACAUUUAUGGGUCGGCAUACUCCACGCCCUCUACUAACAAAUGGCAGUGGCAACAGCAGUGUACGUACAUGUUGUAUUUUAGACAAAAGAAUGCCAAGAAUCGACAAGUGAACAAAACAAAUGUAAUUAUUCUUUUGUCUUAACGAUCACAAGUUAAACACCAUUAAUAUGACAUUUAUGCUACAAAGUAAUUUACCAGAAAGGGGUGCUUGCACAUAUUUGUCUACCAAAACUUGCAGGAUGUCAUCUGGAAUAAUUUGGACCAAUUUUCUUGUUACCUGUGUUGAGGAAAUCAUUCAAGUCCAGUUCAGAAGUUGCUGUGGUGUUGUGAGCAUACUGGUGACCUCACAGACACAGAGCAGAUCUGAGCCGGUGAGUUGACCGAGAACAAAUGAAGAGGAAGCAUUUUAUACAGGGAGCCAGAGCAGUGGUUAGAAUAAAUACUAGAAGACAGAGGUAAAGGGGGACUAUGACAAAGGGGCAGGAAGGGGGGCAUUCACAUUCAGACCUGCAGGAAGGACAUACAGUUGGCAUUUGGUCUAUCAAGGGGUCGACACAGCAGGGGCCUGAAGUAGCACCUAGGCAUCAUUUGGUUAGGAAGUCUGGCCCCAAUGUGUAUUCUUCAUCACAUGACAACCCUAUGCGUUUCUGCAUGACCUCUCUGCAGAGCAGACUUUUUGUGACACAACUCUCUAAAAAUGGCAAGCCUUAACUUAAAUAGUAGUCUUUACAGAAAGCAGUGGUAAACAUGGUUCUCUGAUUUGUUCCGCCAGUUUGAGAAAUAGUCAACCAAACCUAACCUUUAAGUGGGAAUAAGAAGAAGUGCGACGGAGCUGUACUGGUUAUUCAGUCGACUUACAGAAAUAACAAACUAAAUCAGCUUAAUGUUAUUUCAUGACAACUGUAGGUUAAAUUUUUCUGGCAACCUCUACCAUGGCUUCUUUUUGAAAAUUGCAUUAGCGGGAGGGAUGUUUCACUGUGUCUUAUCCUUGACCCCAGUGCACCCACCAUUAGGCUUUCUCUCCUCUCUCAGCUCAGUCCCCACAUUUUACUGGAAACCAAACUUCUGAAUCUCUUGGAGGAUUAAACACUCCAAAGGUUUAGUCUUAUUUCCUAGCCAUAUGGUUACAGUAGACAAACAUUGGUUAAAUGACUAUAACUAUUAAAGGCUAGGCUUAGAACAAUCAGUAACUCCAGAUCCACACAUUAAAGACAUCUUCUUGAUUGACCAAACCAUCAAGAAAGAUGUUUUACUUAUCUCAUCAUCAACGCAACAUCCUUCACCACAAUCUCGCUCCACCAGAACAAACUCCACCAUGGAAUCAUCAAAUGUUUUGUAUUGGAAAAACAUUUUUUUCCAAAAAAUAGAAAGGGAGAGGAUUCAGCCUGAUCCGUCUUUUCAAUAAUUGCUUGCUUUCAACCAACUCCAGGACACAUCUUCUGCCCAAUCCAGUAUUUGCAAAUUUAGCAGGCUAUACAAGACAAAGUUAAUAUUGACACCUUUCAAUGUUCUAUUCCACCCCUUUACCAAACACUCCUCCAUCUAUCUAAAUUCAAAAUCUAAUAAUGAUAUUAGAUAAUGAUACAGUCCGGGCGGGUC